CUCAUUCCGUUUGUACACAUCCUAGGCUGUGUUUCCAUAUGAAAUGACAACACCAGACAAACUGUUCGCUAGAAAAAUAAUUUUAUUGUUUUGAUUAUUUUGUGAUUGUUUCAUAUUUACUCUUUAGAUGCGAAGUGCGAGAUUAAGCUAAUUAUUGUUGUGAAUUAAAAUGUCGAUCAAAUUGGCAAAUACUACAUCGUCAAUUGAGUUAAGCUCCUAUCGUGAUCAACAUUUCAAGGUUUGUUUUAUGAAGGGUUCAAGGGCUGAACAAGAUAGACUUUUAAGGAACUCUUCUACUUUGUACGUAGGCAAUCUGUCUUUUUACACAACUGAAGAACAAAUAUAUGAACUGUUUUCAAAAUGUGGUGAUAUCAGACGUAUUAUUAUGGGUCUCGAUAAGUAUAAGAAGACACCAUGCGGCUUCUGCUUUGUAGAAUACUAUCAAAGAGUCGAUGCUGAACACUGUAUGAGAUAUAUAAAUGGCACUCGUUUAGAUGACAGAAUAAUUAGGACAGAUUGGGACGCUGGUUUUAUCGAAGGCAGACAGUAUGGCCGUGGCAAAACUGGAGGACAAGUGAGAGAUGAAUAUCGAUCAGACUUUGAUAGUGGACGGGGUGGUUAUGGUAAAAUCAUACAGCAAAAAGUAACAUCUCUCUCGGAUGGUGGAUUUGGACGUUGAAAUUUAGAAAGACAAGAUAAUUGUAUGAAUAGCACACAUGUGCAAAUGUUUGAUCUAUGUUUUACUAAUCGUUCGUACACGAUUGUGAAAUAAUUGUAUAUGUAAAUAUAAUAUUUAAGAGAUAGAUUUUGUCAAAUAGAAUAACAAAAGCAAAGAACUAUUCAUACAUAUAUUAAGGCCAUGUUAAAAAAUAUAUUUUAACAUGUCUUUAAUAAGUGACAUUUUUCAUCGAAAUAUUUUCGACAUUUUGUUCAUUGUAAAAUAAUUGAACAUGUUUUUCACUAUAAAAUC